AUGAAGUUGGAGCCGGGGAUCAGCAGCGACCCGCAGCUGCAGUUCGUGGUGGCGACAGAGAAGGAGUUUGAGGAGAUCCUGGCCAUGUCGAAGGGCAUCUACGGGGGCCUGGAUUAUCUCCCCAGCCGCUACCACGCCUGGAUCCGCGAGCCCAACCGCACCGUGGUGCUGGCCAAGAAGAACGGAGAAGUGAUCGGGCUGCAGUCGGUCUGCGUGGUGGACGCCGGAGAAACGGUGCUGGUUGAGGGGCUGCGCGUGGCACCCUGGGAGCGGGGGAAGGGCGUGGCCGGCGUCCUGCAGCGGUUCUGCACCGAGCUGGUCAAGGAUCAGCACCCCGGCGUCAAGGUGGUGCGGCUGACGCGGGACGACAAGCUGGGCCCCAAGGACUUCAAGAAAUACCGGCUGAUCACCAAGCAGGGCAUCCUGCUGGUGCGGUUCAACGCGGCGGAGCUGCUGGCCCGGCUGGACGCGGCUGUGGCCCAGUUGCGGGCGGGCGGCUUCCAGCCGCUGCCCACUGAGGUGCUGGAGCCAGGCGAGGUGCGGGGCCUGGUGCUGAGCCCGGCCUUCCAGAGCGAGGUCCUGCCCAACCGCACCCUCAUCCAGGACUGGCAGCCCUACAAGCCCAGCGAGUCCAACCUGGCCCUGCUGCAGCAGAAGCAGCUGCACUGGGUGGUGGAUUGCAAGGCCCGGCCCACGGCCGCCUCCCUCUGCACCCAGCCCUUCCCCAUCCCGCUGGGCGAGGACUGGGUCUACCUCAACAUCGACGCCUUCGGCCGCCACCCCGCCCACCUCAAGAGCCAGCUGCUGCACCACCUGCGGGCCCGCCUGCCCGCCCUGCGGGGCAACGUCAUGUGCCAGCUCUUCCUGGAGCCCAGCCUCUGGGGGGAGCUGGCCGAGUUCUGCCGGGCCGGCCUGCGGCUGGAGCUGGCCAAGGGCUACACCGAGCAGUACCUGCUGGAGGCGGAUAUCUAG